GGCAUUCGUCAGCUGUUCGUUCUUUUGACGUCAAUGAACAUGCUCGGCUAAUAGCCUCUGGUUCAAAAGAUCGCACAGUAAAACUUUGGUCAUUAGACUUUCAUAACGGAAUAGAAAACUCAGAUAAUGAACCAUUUUCUGAGUGCUUGAUUACAUACAAUGGACAUAGAAAGUCUGCAGUUAGUGAUGUUCAUUUCAUCAGUGGACGAGGUGGUGGUUGGGGACUUGGAGAUGUCAUUGCUAGCAAUGAUGGGCAGAUACAU